AGCGUAGCAGACGUAUCUUGGUAAUUUGACAUAUUGGCAAUUGGUAGCCUGGAAGAGCAGAAGUGGGUUCUUGUUCAUUGCCGAGCAAUCUCUCAGGAACCGGGUAGAAAAUCGCUUGUUAGUGCCACUCGGAUCUCUCGAAUUCUUGUAGUUAUGACGGCGGCGGAGCGUUUGUUUCUCAACCUGGAAGUAUUUCUGUUCUUGGCGGCGUGUUUGAGCGGUAUUACAAGCGCUUUGGCGGGAAAAUGCCGUCUGCACGACAACCAAAGCCAAUUCGAAGUGAAGUAUUGGGACAUUGAACCGUAUAUUUCAAAGAAUGAAGGUUACUUGAAGGGUGUUUUUGGUCACUUAAUAAAGAGUCUAAACAUUUCAACUCCAAUGGUUCUUUACUUGAGUGACAAGCAUCUAUCGUACCCAAGUUUACUAAACCAAUCAAAAAUCAGUUCUAGUAGAGCAGCCAUGCAUCCAGCGGUGUUGAUACUCCCGGUUGAAAUUGGAACCAAAAAUGCAGAUCCGUGCCUUGUAGAGGUUAUAACGCCACAGAACCUGGCGUACAUUGUUAGAAAGAACAAUCAAGAACCGCUGAAGCAGCUCGCGGGCUCUUUUAUUAAUGGAGGUCAGGUGAUCGGCCUCACUCUCAUCCUUACAGGGAUCGCAGGGAUUUGCAUAUGGCUACUGGACCGUAACUCCAAUCCGAUAGAUUUCCCAGCAUCCUUUAUUCGUGGAUCGUGGCAAGGGUUUUGGUGGGCUUUUGUAACCAUGACAACCGUCGGAUACGGUGACCUCGCUCCCAAGUCGCUGUUCGCGCGUCUCUUUAGCAUUCUUUGGAUGUUACUUGGAUUAGUCGCGUUUUCUGUACUCACCGCGAACUUCACGUCAUCGCUGUCUCAUGAGAUCGACACGGAUCUUAGUCUUCUUAACAAAAAGGUUGCCGUUCUACGAAAUAGCCUUGAGAGAGAAGCCGCUGUACAGAACGGCGCGCAGUACCAUGAAUUCGACAGCAUUCAAAAGAUGAUGGACGCUGUCCUAUCGGGGGAGCUAGAGGGAAUGCUUCUGAACAGCCAUAUCGCUGUCUCAAAUGACGUCAUCCACAAGACAGAGUCGCUUGAGAUUGGUCGACUUGUCAGCUUCGCCCAUGCGUAUGGCGUUAAGUUGAUUAUGAGUGCGGCAGAACUUUGUACGGAGGUUAAAGCGUGUGUGGAGGAGUUUGUCGCCAGGGAAACAUUCUACUUUGAGACCUUAAAGAUCUUAUCUGAUGAAACGAUCCCCAAAAGAGGAAGCAGGAGUUCCAGGACCCUGUUUGAAGACUGGGAGUUCUUCGUGAUCCUUAUCGGCUUAUUCAGCGCGAUGACGGGCACUGGUGUAUUAUGGGAAUACUUUUACUACAGACCACGUGAGAUGAAGCUAGAGCAGGUUGAUAGUAACGACAACAUCGAGAUUGAGGGACAGCGAGAGCAGAAUGCACCUAAGUACAUCCUAACAAAAACUGAAGUGGGAUCCCUGUGUCGCGACUGCUGUACCACAGUGGAAGAUAUAUACCGCGAGGAGGGCCGCGCGAGACUGGAAGCUAUUUCGUCCUUUAAUCCACUGGACGGCUUUCAAGUAAUAGGAGCUCAGCUUAACGCAAUCCCAGGCGUAUCGCAACUCAAGCGGUUCGGCGCCGUAAUUCCGCUCCCUUAUGUUGCGCAUGCGCAAAAGAAACGGAAGAAGAAGGUGGCGGUUACUGACGAACAAGUGUGACGUCACGUAGUAUUCAUGUGUCACGUGCCACUGUAUUAUAGCCUGACUUGUCUGCAUUUGUUAGUGUUUACCUGUAUUAUAGCCUGACUUGUCUACAUUUGUUACAGUGUUUACCUGUAUUAUAGCCUUACUUGUCUACAUUUGUUACAGUGUUUACCUGUAUUAUAGCCUGACUUGUCUACAUUUGUUAGAGUGUUUACCUGUAUUAUAGCCUGACUUGUCUACAUUUGUUACAGUGUUUACCUGUAUUAUAGCCUGACUUGUCUGCAUUUGUUAGAGUGUUUACCUGUAUAUUUUAUUACUGUGUAUUUUAUUAUUUUAUUACCUGUGUAUUUUACCUGCCUUGGACGUUUCUAUUUUCUAUUCAUAUUUGGGCAAAUUAGGCAAAUAUGCUUUUAUCUUGAUUUUUUAGCUUUAUAGUAAAUACUGGCAAAUAUGCUGAGGCCUGAGCUACUGUUCUAUGACAAAGAGACAUCGUUUUGACAUCGAGGUAGAAAUGUUAAAAUCUUUUUAACUAGUGAUUUAUAAAAUUGGUAAUUUAUAAAAUCAUAUCUUGCUUCUAGUCACACAGGAUAAAGACAAUUCUUAAAAAGAAUUAUUUUAAAUUAUUUGAAUACCUUUGAUUUCCUCUUUUCAAUAAAAAAACCCCACAGCAA